AUGAUUGAUUAUUGUAGCAUUGAGCUAUUGUGGGGGACCUCCACGGUCUUAAAAACUACAAAGGUGAAUCUCUCAGAUCAUCUGACACUAAUUCCUGUACAUUUGGGGGUCGGUUCACUGUGUAUCAUUCAGCAGGAUGCCGAGGACUUUGCCGAGCAAUCCUGCCAGAUAGGCAACAUUUAUACGUCUGCAGCUUCGGUCAUAUCAGCAGACUCGGGGCAGGGCGUGGAAGCAGGCUUUCUCAAGGAGACAUUCUAUGCUUUAACAACGAUAAGAAUACCAACAUGGAAACGUCAGGCACAUAGCACAGAUUGCGUUUUCGCCAAGCCAAUCCCCAAUCUUGUCAAGGAUGGUAUCAACGAUGACCAAAGAGAUGAACACACUUCAUUCCACUCGGAUCCGACCUUCAACAGGGCAUGGUGCUUCCAGGAGCAGCGCAUGGCCACUCGGAUCGUCCAUUUCACCACAAACGAAAUGUACUGGGCCUGCGCAAGUCAGUUGACGUGUGAAUGUGAGAGACUAGCCUGGACGGAUUACAGGAACGACCCACAACUUCUGCAACGGUAUUCUAACGCCUUGGAGCCGACAUCAGGUGGAACAAUGAGCCCACCCAGCGCCGUCGAAUUCUGGUGGUCAUUCGUCGAAACCUUCUCGCAGCGUAGACUUACUCGACUCACCGAUCGACUUCCAGCGAUAUCUGCGCUGGCAAAGUUUAUGCACCGGCACUUUAGCAACUUACAGUCGACAUCAUGCGAAAGAAGCAAAGUGCACAACAUAGUUAACAGUUGGGAGUCGCGCGUCAAACGCGUCUCAAAGCAUAGACUCGUUAGCGUCACCGACCGACCAGUUCCAGCGAUCCCUGGCCUCGCAAAAGUAACACACUCUGAGGAGUUGGGAGAAUGCCAUGCUGGGUUAUGGGAACGCCAACUGGCUAUCGCCCUUCUCUGGAGGACGUACGACCUCGUGGACCCUGAGGAUUACCCUUGGAAGCCAUUGGAGUACGGGCCAACAUAG